AUCAAUGAGGCUCCAACUUAAGCAUUCAUCAGUCAAUCACACCAAAGAUAAUUCUCAAUGAACUGUCUCAUAUGGAACACCUGUGGCAUAACCUCUAAAUGUGAGAGGUUAUCUUUUCUCAUUAACAAACACAAAAUCUCUGUCCUAGCAAUCAUUGAACCUAAAGCCUCCUCCUCUAAAAUAACCAAUUUCCAGUUAGAUCUUGGUUUCUCCAACUCUAUAGUGAACUCUUCUAAUAGAAUUUGGAUCAUGUGGAAGGAGGAGGACUUAAACUACAUCUCCCACACAGACAUGGGUCAGAUCACCAAUAUUCUUUUCUUCAACAAAAAAGUCAGCAAGGAUUUUCUUUUCUCAGCCAUCUAUGGCAAACACACUAAAGAAGAAAGGAAAGAUCUCUGGGAAGCUAUUAAGACCUGUAGCCAUAACUACCAUUGUGAUUGGAUACUAGGAGGAGACUUCAAUGCUAUCUCCUCUAUAGAUCAUCACAAAGGUAAUAGUACUCCAUGCCUCCCUAGCAUCCAGGACUUUGAUGAUUGUGUUAUGGAUUGUGGUCUUCACUCCCCACCCUACACUGGUUCUCCUUUCACUUGGACAGGCACUAGGUCUCUGGGCAGAUUAUGGAAAAGACUUGACAGAGUCUUUAUCAACAGCCAUUGUCUCAACAGUUUUGAGGACAUUACCUCUCAACACCUUCCUAGAGGCACUUCUGAUCACUGCCCCAUCUUAUUAAAAGCCUCUAACCCUAUUUUCACUAGCCCUAGACCUUUCAGGUAUAUCAACUGUUGGUCUAAGAAUCACACUUUCAUAAAAGUCCUUGAAGGAAACUGGGGAAAAUACUGUGGGGGAGGAAUGAAAGGACUCAUGGAUAAACUUAGUAAGCUCUCAAAGGUUCUCCAGCAUUGGAACAAAACAACUUUUGGCAACAUCACUUCUACAGUUGAGGCCCUGGAAAAAGAUCUCCAACAAGCAGAACAGGAAUUUGAUGCUAAUCCUACCCCAAACAAUAGAGCUUUCAUGAAUGAAAAAAGGGCCAACCUAAUUCAUACAACUAAGAAUGAAUUUUUAUUUUGGAAGCAAAAAGCAGGCAUCAAAUGGCUCAAAGAGGGUGACUGUAACUCCUCUUUCUUUCAUGCCAAAAUCAAGGAAAAAAGAAUCCAUCAAAAAAUCCAUAGAAUCAAAGAUUCUAAUGGCAACUGGUUGGAGAACACCAAUGAUAUCCAACAUGAGGCAACUAACUUCUUCAAGGCCCUCUUCUCCAAUCACAAUUGUGAGGGCAUGAACAAGUUCUUGGACAAUAUCCCUCUCCUAGUGGAUGACUCAAUUAACACUACUCUUACCAAAUUCCCUACUGAGGAAGAAGUGAAAGAGGCAGUUUGGAGUCUUGAUCCAGAUAGCUCAGCUGGACCAGAUGGGUUUACAGGAGACUUCUAUAGACAAGGAUGGGACACUAUCAAGGAAGAUGUGAUCAAGGCUGUCCAGGAAUUUUUCCUGGGAAUCCCUAUUCCCAAAUCCAUGGGGAAAACCACCAUCAUCCUUAUUCCUUAAAAAGAAAACCCCUCCUCCUUUGAUGAAUAUAGACCCAUUUGCCUCUCCAAUUUCAUAGCCAAAAUUAACACUAAAAUUCUAGCUAUGAG